AUGGAUUAUUCACGUCCUUAUCGCUCAAAGCGUCACCCCCCAUGCGAUCAAUGCCGUCGCAAGAAAUUACGGUGCGAUAGGAACGCAGAAAAUACUUGCCAGCGAUGUCUACAGCGCAACACACCCUGUUCAUUUAAUCAGUCUCAACCAAUCGAGCCAUCUCCAUCGACUGUACUUCCGGGUCCUGUUCCUCAUCCAGCACCAGACCCAGCUCCGACCCCAGCUCCUGCUCCUGCAUCAGUUCCGUCUGUUUUCAGUGACUCUCCUCUGUUUCCUAUCGGAACUUCAAUCGAUCUCCCUUUCAUCACUGAAUCCACGCCCGGGCGAUUUGGCCAGACUAUACAGACCCUUGAUCAACUUCCGGGUUUUUCAACUCAGGUAAUCGGCGCGUCAGGUGAAUCUGAUCCUUGGCUACUGCGACAUUGCCGGUUUGAUGAUCGUGGAUUUCUCCGGUUUCAUCAGGUUCAUUUUCGCAAUGCUGGAGGAGUUCCUCUUGACGAAAAGAUCCCGGUGCAUUUCUUGGUGACGGCAGAAGGGCUGUAUGAUGCUUCCAAGGAAGCCGCGGGGUUUUCCAAGAGGGCACUUGCUCGGGAGGAGCUAGAGGCAUUGGUUCCGGAUACUAACAUCAACCAAAGCUUCGUCAAGUUCGUCUAUCCAACACUCCCGGUCAUUUCAAGAUCGCAGUUUGGAAUCUCGCCCUUGCAACCUAUCCCCGAUCAGCAAGUUCUUCGCAACACUCCUGUCCAUCUCUUAGCAGCCAUCUACGCGUCCGCUCAACCAUUUCUCAAAUUCGACGAGUACCUGUGCUUCGUCAACGCCUACACUCAAUCACCAACAGAAAAACUUUGGCGCAUGGUCCUGGAGCUGCUGCUGGAAGAGAUCCACACUCCUCAUUUGUCUGUGAUACAGGCUGGUCUUCUCUACCUGCACAAACCAUUGAAAAACAACGAAAGCGCUCUCGCAGAUAGUCCCUUUACCUGGUCGUUUGUCGGUCUGUUAGUCGGUCUGGCAACGUCAUUGGGACUAACACUAGAGUGCCGUCCAAUGGGAUUACCGGCAUGGGAGAAACGCGUGCGUCGUAGACUCUGGUGGGCGAUAUAUAGCGAAGACAAAUGGCGCUGUCUGCUUAUGGGUAGACCGCCAUAUAUCCGACACGAUGAAUGGGAUGUGACGGACUUAGAUGACCAGGAUUUUAUCUUGGACCGAUUGUCUGACGACCAAGCACGGCAGGCCGGCCUUCCUUUUCAGCAAUUUAGCCGGCUAUCGUGUAUAGCAGAUGAAGUGCAGCAUGCAUUAUUAGCCAAACCUAACACGGACAGCUCCCUGCGAUCAUCACAGCGCCUUUCAUCAAACUUCUCCGAGUCCCUCCAUGUUGCUCGCGCUCUUCUCCAGAAGCUCAAAUGCUGGUAUUCAGUUUUACCACCGCAACUCAAAACACACACAGGGCACUUCACCAUCGACGACCCAACACCACAAUCUACCUCCACCAGCCUACACUUUGCUUAUAUCCUCCUUGAAAUAUUCAUAUUUCGCGCUCUACUACGACCCCUGGUCCGUUCUGCAACGCCACCACCACUCUUCGAAGAGGGCUCAGAACCACUACCAACAAUGGAAAUGCAUGACCCGGAGAGCUUCAACCUCAUCGACGACUAUAUUUCGGAGAUCGUCGAAGCGGAAGAAAUCGAACCCGUGCCCGCUAUUGAAAUGACGCGCGAGAUGGGUAUCGGGACAGUCAAGGCCGCGGAAAACUGUGCGGCCAUCAUGCUGCGGUUGGUUAUGCGGAUGGUGUGUAGUGACUUGGCUGGGUUUUGGUAUUCUUGGAGUCGAAUCGGCUUCGCCACCGUCUCCAGCUUCAUGCUUCUCUUAGUCGUGCAAGCUUCGUCUAGGGAUCAUGCAAUCCGUGCAAGACGACUGGUAUACAUGUGGCGACAGGCAUUACGCAGCCAGAGCAAAGGUUGUGACUUGAUGGACCUGGCUCUCGUUCGGUUGGAUGGGAUACAUUGGACGGGGAUAAGCCGGAAUUUCUAUCUGCCUAGACAUGUUGAGGAGGCGCUUAAUACGGACUGACCUUGGGCGAGUGGUAAUCAGUCGCAGAAGUGAUUGGUUUAGUCGCAAAGUUAUCCCAUCCGAUUGAUCAGGAUACCCACGGUAAGACAUGUGAGCAUGCAUGCAAGUGUGCAUAUAGAAAAGAGGAUGUGACCAUGCGGGUCGGACACUUGCUGAAUUUGGCAUCCAAUAUGCCAGUUGGGCGUGCGCUGAGUCAGAUACUUGUUCAAGUCCACAAGAUCUUAUCAAAUACAUGAAUCAGUCUUUCGGCCGUGCAAAUCCGUGUUCGCAUCGGGAGUUGACCC